GCACGCGAAAUAAAUUAAUUCAGCGCCAAAACCUGUUAUCGCGCCAAGUAAACAAUUCAAUGAUUAUUAUUGAAAAUCCAUCUCCUGAUUAAACGAAUAGUUUCGUGGUGACAUUGGUGUUUGUACAAUACUUAAACUCUUACCAAGGAUUAACGAGAUGUCUCUAGCCCGAUGGGUCGGAAAAGUAGCUGUUGUGACCGGAGCCAGUUCGGGCAUUGGUGAGGCCAUUGCGAAGAAAUUAGUAGAAAAUGGAGUUACGGUGGCAGCUUUAGCAAGAAGGGAUGACAGGCUCAAUUCCCUGGCCAAACAGCUAACUGGUGAAAAAGGAAAGUUAUAUCCAGUGAAAUGCGAUGUUCGCGAAGAAGAGAGUAUAAUAUCAGCAUUUCGGGAAGUUCGUGAGAACUCAGGGCCAGUCCACAUUUUAGUAAAUAACGCUGGACUAACGCAAGUCACAAGUCUUAUUGACGGCGAUGCAGACAAAUGGAGAACGAUUUUUGACACAAACGUUAUGGGUUUGUGUAUCGCCACCAGGGAGGCGGUAAAAGAUAUGAAAGCCAAUAAAACCGACGGACACAUAAUCCAUAUCAACGGUACCGUUGGAUAUAAAGUUUUGGAUAUUCCCAAAUUUAACGUUUACCCUGCUUCCAAAUAUGCCGUAACGGCAUUGGCAGAAACGCUAAGGUACGAGUUGAAUGGUGAAGGGCUUAAAAUAAAAGUGACGGGAAUCUAUCCCGGAUUAGUCCAGUCAGAAUUUGCAGAGAAAGGAUUGUUAGGCGAAAAUCAAGAUCCCCAUUUGGCGGAGGUUUUGAAGGUUUUGCCUAAAAUAUAUCCCAGCGAUGUAGCCGAUUCGGUGAUUUAUGUUCUCUCCACCCCUCCUCAUGUCCAGGUGUCGCAACUCCGACUAUUUGCAGUUGGUGACAAAAAUAACUUAAAAUUGGAAAUUCAGGCAAAAGAAGUUAAGUUUGAAGAUUUAGAGGCAUGCGCCGAAGAAUACUUACCAUCUAACAGCUAUAUGCCCACAACAAGUCAAUUUCUCACUGUCGAAGGAGGAUGUGGGAAUAGAAAUAUUGUAAUGGCACCGAAACAACUUACGCGGAAUCAACAGUUUGAAGGAAGAAAUAUUUACCAGACAAGAUGCAAUACUAAUUUGUCCCUAGUAUCGGAUCCAACAAAGGAGAAACUGAUCUUGCGACCUUUGGGGGAAGUAGCAGACCCGCUGUAUCGUUUGGCUUUUUGGUAUUCUCUGGAUGCUAUUUGUAGUCAAAGGCCUUCUUGCGGCUGGUUCCGGCAUAGUCAAUCGAAGCUGUACUUGGACGAAAACGGUCAGCUAACAAAAAAUGUUUUUCUAUCGGAACAAUUUCUACUUAAACGCUCUUGCCACAAGGGCAGCGUUUAUUUUAUCGCACAAACAAGUGGGAAACUGCUAACUGUUAAGGGCGGUUGCGGCAAUACAGUGAUAUCACUAGAACCGAAACGGUUAACACAAAACCAGAGAUUUGAUUUUCUGGAUGGAGCUCACAUUACAAGCAAGUGUGACCCGACCUCAAUCGUUGGAUUAGCUGAUAACAAUGAGACGUUAGCUGUAAAGAAGAACGACCCCGCGGAUUAUACGAAGAAUAGGAUUGGGUUGGUGACAUUAUUGUUUUUAGAUUAUUUUAAAGAUCCAUUUGUAAUCAGCCAUAGCCAAUCGAAACAGUAUUUGGAUGAGAACGGUCGACUAACUAAAAACCUUUUUCUAACGGAAAAAUUUCUUCUUAAACGCUUUGCCACCAAGGCAGUGCUUAUUUUGUCGCGCAAACAAGCGGCCGUAAAUCAAAAUUCGUCAAGAAUAGAGCAAACUGGUUUAAACAGUGUUAUAGUCCACAUCGAGAAUUACAAUUUUUGUCUUUACGGUUUUCUUGUAUCACACACGCUGCUCGAGAUAUUUAAAAAAAUCCAUGUGAAACUCGCGCUCACUUUAGACGCGAUGACGUCACCUACUACUACGACGAAACUGCUAACCGUUAAAGGUGGUUGCGGCAAUACGGUGAUAUCACUAGAACCGAAACAGUUAACAAAAAAACAGAGAUUCGGUUUCCUGGAUGGAACUCACAUUACAAGCAAGUGUGACCCUAACUCAAUCGUUGGGAGUACGCAUAUGCUCAUAUUUUUUUUUAAAAUGGCCUACACGUUGGAACGAUGGAUUGGAAAAGUGGCUGUAGUUACAGGUGCCAGUUCUGGAAUAGGUGAAGCUAUAGCUAGGCGACUUGUAUCAGAAGGUUUAAUCGUUGUCGGUCUUGCGAGACGCAAAGAACGUUUGGAAUCACUUGAAAAACAACUAAAAAUCUCGAAAGGAACAUUUCACCCAGUAACUUGCGAUAUUUCCAAAGAAGAAGACAUACUCAAUGCGUUUAAGUAUGUUAAGGAAAAUUUGGGAUAUGUUCAUAUCCUAAUAAAUAAUGCCGGAAUUGGGGUAUUCACAAGCCUUACAAGUGGUGAUUCGGCGAUAUGGCGUCGGGUUUUUGAAGUAAACGUUCUCGGACUUUGCAUAGCUACCAAAGAGGCUUACCAACAAAUGGCCGAAAAUGGUGUAAACGGACACAUUAUUCACAUCAAUAGUAUAUUGGGGCAUAAAGUAUCAGCCGUCUCUGAUGUUUACAAUGCCAAUGUUUAUCCUGCAAGUAAAUUUGCAGUUAAGGCACUGGCGGAAAGUUUGAAGAUGGAACUAAGUUAUUUGAAAAAGAAAAUAAAAAUAACAAAUUUGAGUCCAGGUAGGGUAAAAACUGAAAUUCUUGAAGCGGGAAACUUUGCUAAGGAACUUGUGGAUACAGCCUAUAAAGGAGAAACGUUGUACCCUGAGGAUAUAGCGGAAUGUGUGGUAUUUGCUCUAACCACACCUCCUCACGUUAAUAUCAACGAACUCAUUGUUACCGAACUCUAAUACGGAAGCCGCUGCAGAGUUCUUCUUGUUUAUUAGGAGAAGCAAUUCAUCAGAUUUCUUCGAUUUCCGUCAGAUAACACUGGAUACAAUGCAAAGCUAUUUUAGGUAACUUGAACGGACAGAUGGACAUCAAUCUUUUGAGAGUUUUUCUUUCCA